CCGACCAGAACAAGAAAAUUUGGGGAACCUGCACACCCCUAAUAGUUAUGCUUAGUCUUGAUGUACAUAAAGGAACAUGGCUACGUCCAGUGACAAAAUCGAAGAUUGUGAAGUAUGUGGUAAAAACAAAGCAAAAUACACAUGUCCAAAAUGUGAGGUUAGAACUUGUUGUCUUGAAUGUGUAAAUAUUCACAAAAAAGAAUUGGAAUGUGACGGUAUUCGAGAUAAAACAAAAUUUAUACCAUUAAAAUCGUUUACAGAUUUGGAUAUUUUAAGUGAUUAUAGGUUUCUUGAAGAGACUGCUAGAACAGUUGAUCAAUUAAAAAGAAAUCCGUUAAAGAAAUAUACAUGUCAACUGAGUUUACCAAUGCAUCUGAAUAAACUUAAAAUAGCUGCAUGUAAGAGGAAAGUUAUUUUACAAUUUAUGCCACAACAUUUUAGUAGACAUAAAAACAAUACAACAUAUUUAAAUUGGAAAACUAAUGAAUUAUAUUGGAGAAUAGAAUGGAUUUUUCCUCAAGCAAACUACACAAAAUGGGUCACAGAAAGAGUUCUAGACCAUACAAGAUUAUCAUUGCUUAUAGAAGAAAUUUUAUAUCCUACUAAAUCCAUAAUAAAGAAAAAUGAUAUAGAGGAAUUAAAUCUAAAAAUGUGUCUGAAUGAGAAACUACAAUUUUAUCAGGCAGCAGGUUUAUCUAGAAUAAAAGUUCUUUUGAAAGCAGAGAAGGUUUUAAAAUCAGAUUUAAAGUUUUAUGAAUUGGAUAUUACACUUUCAUUAAAGGAGAAUUUAGAAAAUAAAACUAUAAUUGAAUUUCCAACAAUAUAUAUAAUAUUAAGUGAUCAUACAUGCAUGUAUGAAAUUAUAGAUACUGAUGAUGAAGAUGUAAUUGAUUCAAAAUAUAACAAUGCAUCAGAAAGGAGAAAAAGAAAAUACAAACAAACGAACAUAAAGCAAAAAACAAAUUCAACUGUGAAUUAUUUUUUUAAUUCUGAAUCCUCAGAAUCUGAUGAAGAAAAAUCAAAAUUGAUGAAAAAUCAAUAAGAAGUCAAAAAGCGAAUAGUUAUCAAAUUGUAAUAUACCAAUUAUAAUGAUUCAUCAGUUUAAAUGAAUGUACAAAUUCAAUCUUUUUUAUUUAAUUUAAAUACAAUAUUUCAAUAGAUUAAUACAAUUGAAUCGCGUAUAAAUACAACAGUAAUGAAAUUA